CAGAGCCAGACGCACCAGCAGACAUGGAGGCUCCGUGAGACACAGCACAUGGCAGCACCGGCGAGCCAUGAACCCAAAAAGAAACCACCAAAAACAGAAAAUGCUUCAAUAAGCAAUCGUUAAUUCCUUCCCGGAAAUAUUCCCAAAACCUGCAUAUUCCCAGUAGCUACAGUGGGUUGCCAUUCACUCAAGUCAAGGGGAGGGGCGCAAGGCAACCCCCUUUUUCAUUUCAGCGAUAUUUCUCAUUUUCCCCCCUGUUUUUAGUAGUUUGACUUGAUCCAUCUGGAAGAUGGGUGUGCAGGGUUUCCAGGAGUACAUUGAGAAUCACUGCCCCAACGCCGUGGUGCCGGUGGAGCUCCAGAAACUCGCCCGGGGAAGUAUGGUCGGAGGUGGCCGGCAAAGACCGCCUCAAAGUCCGCUCAGGCUGCUGGUUGAUGCCGAGAACUGCCUCCACCGGCUCUAUGGGGGGUUCUACACCGACUGGGUCAGCGGGGGGCAGUGGAACCACAUGCUUGGCUACCUGGCCGCCCUCUCCAAGGCCUGCUUCAACGGGAACAUUGAGCUCCUGGUAUGCUUCAAUGGCGCCCUGGAGAAGGGCCGACUCCACGAGUGGGUCAAGCGACAGGUGAACGAGAGGCAGACCGCCCAGCAGAUAGUCAGCCACGUCCAGAAUAAGGGCACCCCGCCGCCGAAGGUCUGGUUCCUGCCCCCGGUGUGCAUGGCUCACUGUAUCCGCCUGGCGCUCCUCAGGUUCCGCAUCGGGGUGGUCCAGACCAUCGAAGACCACCACCUGGAGGUGAUCACCUUGUGCCGGGAGGGCGGGUUCCACGGGCUGGUGGCGUACGACUCUGACUACGCGCUGGUCAACAUGCCCUGCUACUUCAGCGCCCACGCCCUCAAGCUCAGCCGCAACGGCAAGAGCCUGACCACCAGCCAGUACCUGAUGCACCUGGUCGCCAAGAAGCUCCACCUCCACCCCGACCGCUUCGUCGUCUUCGCCUCGCUCCUAGGGAAUCACAUACUGCCUGAUGAAGACUUGGCUGCCUUUCACUGGAGCUUACUGGGUCCCGAGCAUCCUUUAGCAUCACUGAAGGUGCGUGCCCACCAGCUUGUGCUCCCGCCGUGUGACGUGGUGAUCAAGGCUGUGGCUGAGUACGUCUGCAACAUCCCGGACCCCAGCGACCUGGACGCCAUCGCUAAGGACAUCUUCACACAUUCACAGUCCUGUACUGACGACAAGGUGCUGCGCUUCAGGAGGGCCGUGGAGUACUACGCCCGGGCCAGCCGACCAACGCGCACCCCCCCACCGUUUGUGGGACCAAAACAGACGGGAGUGCCGGCUACUGGGUCACACGGCGCUCCUCAGAAACCACUCGACAUUCCAGCCGCUGCUCCGACUGGGAAGUCUGGGGCCCCGCCCAGCGGUCCGCCCCCUCCGGCGGAGCAGCAGGCUCAGCCCCGGGCCCCCCAGGCUGGGGACGGCCCCCCCGACCUCAGCCUCUUCGGAAACAUUCCUCCAGAAGGGAAACACACGCCGCUGUACGAACGGUCCUCCCUGGUCGCCGCCCCCGCCGCCGCGCCUACCUCGUCCUCCACCAUCACCUCCUCCUCCUCCGAGAACGAUGAGUGCAGCACCGUGACGGCCAAUCAUGUGGGCGACCACAAAGGAGAAUGGGACAAGAAGGUGAACCAUGAGGCGGAGCCCCCAGAGGGGGCGCUGGAGGACCAGACCAACGUGAGUACGACAGCAGCGGACCCCCCUCCCUCGCCGGCCCCCUCCCCCUCCCCGGCCCUCCCCCCCAGCGGUGGGGGCGGCCGGCUGGGCAGCGCCGGCGCCCCCAUCCCCUCCCUGCUCUCCAUGGCCACCCGGAGCCACAUGGACGUGACCCUGCCCCCGCUGCCCGCCGUGGCCCCCGAGGUGCUGCGGGUCGCCGAGCACCGCCACCGCAAGGGCCUCAUGUACCCCUACAUCUACCACCUCCUCACCACGGGAGAGAUCAAGAUGGGCGUGAGCCUGGAGGACGAGGGGAACCAGGAGCUGCCGUCGGCUGUGCAGCUCUUCCGGCCGCUGCGGCAGUACGUGUACGGCGUGCUCUUCAGCCUGGCCGAGGCCGUGAAGAAGGCUGAGCGCACCGCCAUGAGGAGGGCCUGCCCCCCCGACUACUCCCCCGUGAUGGUGAAGGAGUGGGCGGCCUACAAGGGCAAGCCCCCCCACGCCCCCGAGCUGGUGGAGGCGCUGUCCUGGCGCGAGUGGACCUGCCCCGGCCUGCGGCAGCUGUGGCUGGGCAAGGCGGCGGAGGACAAGAACCGCCGCAUGCGCGCCUUCCUGGCCUGCCUGCGCUCGGACACGCCCGCCAUGCUCAACCCCGCCCACGUCCCCGCCCACCUGCUGGUGCUCUGCUGCGUGCUGCGGUUCAUGUUGCACUGGCCGGGGGUCAGAAUAUUACGGCGGUACGAACUCGACGCCUUCCUAGCACAAGCACUUUCUCCUCAGCUGUACCAACCCGAGCAGCUGCAGGACCUGAAGAUAGAGCGUCUGGACCCCCGUGGCGUGCAGCUGGGCGCCCUGUUCAUGACGGGUGUGGACAUGGCCUUGUUCGCCAACGACGCCUGUGGACAGCCAAUCCCGUGGGAGAACAGCUGCCCCUGGAUGUACUUCGACGGCAAACUGUUCCAGAGCAAGCUGAUCCGGGCGGCUCGGGAGAAGGCCCAGCUCAUAGACCUCUGUGACGGUCAGGCGGAGCUGGCCGGUAAGGUGGAGAAGAUGCGUCAGAGCAUCCUGGAGGGCCUCAGCUUCUCCCGCCCGCCGCACCACAUGGCCUUCCCUCCCCCGCCUCCCCUCCCUCCCCCUCCUCACCCCCACUUCAUGCCCUUCUUCCCCCCCGCCGGCGCCUUCUACCCCGACCCCCCCAAGAUGGUGGCGCCGGGACGGGCGCGGGUCGUGUCCGGACUGCAGGCUGUCGCCUCCUCCGGGGGCAAGCUGGAGAUCGCGGGCACGGUGGUGGGCCAGUGGGCGGGCAGCCACAGGGGGCGGGGCCGCAGGGGCUUCCCCAUCCAGGUGGUGUCUGUGGGCGGAGCCCCCCGCGGCCGUCUCAGAGGGGUGAUCUCCACCCCGGUCAUCAGGGCCUUCGGGCGGGGCGCCCGCUACCACAGCCUCACUCUCAAGGGCCACCCAGCAUUCCUGGGUCCUAAACCCCCCCACGUCUCCGCCCUGGACGGGAAGGCCAGGAAGAAGAGCAAGCCAGACGAGGUGAAGAAGAAGGCGGGUCUCGUGGAAGUCAAAGGUCACGGCGGUGGCGUGGAGAACGGCGUGGAGGAGGAGGACAGGAAGUCUGUGCACUUGAACGGCGAGGCGGUCACCAUCCUACCAGGAAGUGCCUUCAGCGGUCCCGACGCCAAGUCGUGCGUCAUCGUGGCUAACCCUUACCUUCCUGUUGCACUAGCCGUCGACGCGGCCGGCGCCAUGGAAACGGUGCGGGCGUCGGAAGAGUAAAGCCUAUUUUUCUAGAGAGGGUGACGGAUGUGAGCGGUUGUGUCGCGUGUUCGGAGAGCGAUGUAGAGAAGCCUAACAGUUAAUGCACAUUUAUUCCUUUGUCAGAAAACAAAACUAACGGGAAAACAGGACGACCUUUCCGCGUUUCCCUCUCAGCGAACACAACUCGUUUACAGGCGUUUGUUAUGGCGGCGUUUGUUAUGGCGGCGUUCGGACGGUUCACCACCACCGCCGCGGAGGUUAAUGCGCGGUAAUGCUAACAUGACGAGAGACCACUUCCUUUUAAUUCCCAGCAUAGGGGGAAGCUUCCAGAAGCUUUUGAGUUUAGGAAAACCUUUUUCUUUCACUAGGGAUGAGAUAACUAAAACCACUUGUUAUUCCGUAUUUGGCUCCUUGUCUCCGUUAUCUGAACUGGUCUCAUGUUGUCUGUGUAGCCGCUUGAAGCCAAAUUAAAAUCCAAUAUUUACAACAGAAAAAAUAACCAUCCUCAGAGUCCAUUAACACUGGUUUGAGCUCGGAUGGAGUUUUUUUUAGUAUUUCCAGCUUCAAGUCAAAUUUACAAGCAACAGCAGUGGGGGGGGAAGAGAUAGUAUUCAGCACCAAUCGCUCGGAUCCCGGUACGGGAGCGAGCGGACCGAUCGUGGCUGUGCUAGAGCGUCGUGCGUCGUGUUGCGUCUCUCCAAACCGUUGCAUGGUUCCUAGGUUAAGACGUGUAUAGAUGUUGUGCAUGUUGUUCCCAUUCCUCGGUACGAUGACUGUGGCCAUUGACAAAAACACAAAUACUAUUGAAAUAUAAUCCAUUUAAAAAAAGAGUUACCUGUUGGGUCUGUUGACAAUGGGGUCUUAUUUUCGUUUGUGGUAUUGGUCUCUGUUGCAUUUAAUUAACUAAAGAACGCAAGAAUCUUAUCUACCCAAUCGUACCCAUAGUAUACAUGUUCUCUUUUGCUGUUUGAUGCGUUUGUCGGAUAUCUGGUAAAAAAUAUAUAUAUUAACAAUAAUACAAAUGUCACCCCUUUUAAUGUAGCUGGAAUAAGUUGCUUGACCUUCCCAAUAAGAGUUUAGCAGUUUAUCAAUUUUAAGAUUUGUUUUUCUUCUUUUUUCAGUCAUUCUUCUUAACUAGUGAAUUUAGAUUUCAACUACCCUGAGCUUUUCUCAUGUUACUUAUGAUCAUAAAUAUGAUGUACACACUCCCCGCCCCCACCCAGAGCUGCAUAAGUCACCUUUUAUGUACGUUGAUUUGAGGUUUAUACUACUCUCCUUGAGUUUGUUUUAAGAAUGAACUGUCGGGUUGGCUUGAAUGUUGAUGGAUUGUGAUGUGGUGUAUUUGAAGGCAAUGCAACUUACAAUGCUUAAUAAAAGUCUAUUCUUUUAGUAUAAUAGUAGUUGCUUUUUUAAAUUUGUUAUUGGAUUACCGUGCCCUUUAAUAA